AGAGGGGAUUGGUUGGGUUGGAUUGAGGUGGGUUAUUCCAAGUUCAGACAAACCGAUUACCAUUUAUGCCCUCCAUCUCUAGAUUUGUCUAUUUCAAUCUUGCUUCCAUUCCCAAUUUCUAUCUCUCUGCCUCUUCCCCCCUUCCUUAUCUCUUUCACAUUGUCUCUUCUUCUUCAUUUCUGAAGCACCGAUUUGCAACAGCCAUGGCGUUUGCAGGAACCACCCAGAAGUGCAUGGCCUGCGACAAGACUGUCUAUUUGGUCGACAAGCUCACUGCUGACAAUCGUGUCUACCACAAAGCUUGCUUCCGCUGCCACCACUGCAAAGGAACCCUCAAGCUAAGCAAUUACAACUCCUUUGAAGGGGUGCUCUAUUGCCGCCCACACUUCGAUCAGCUCUUUAAAAGAACUGGAAGCUUAGAUAAAAGCUUCGAAGGAACACCAAAGAUUGGGAAACCGGAGAAACCAGCUGAUUCUGAGAGACCGACAGCGACCAAGGUUGCAAGCAUGUUUGUCGGCACCAAAGACAAAUGCCUUGGCUGUAAGAACACAGUGUAUCCGACCGAGAAGGUUUCAGUGAAUGGAACCUCGUACCACAAGAGCUGCUUCAAGUGCUGCCAUGGCAGAUGUACAAUCAGCCCAUCAAAUUACAUUGCCCAUGAAGGCCGACUUUACUGCAAACAUCACCAUACCCAACUCAUCAAAGAAAAAGGAAACUUGAGCCAGCUGGAGGGAAGCCAUUAAAGGACCUUAAGCUCGUAGGCCCUUUUUAUGUGGCUCCAUACCUCUCCUCCUCUUUAGUCCUGCUUUUACGCUGUUCCCUUUUGAAUUUUCAGCACUACCCUUUGAAAUUUGAAUGCUUUUGUAGAACAAAAGAAGUUAUCGUGUGGGUGUCUCUGGUUUUUCCCUCUGAUUCCAGCCUCGGUUACUGAAUUCAAAAAUUAAAAAUAUUUAUAUUAAAAGCCAA